AGUAGCGGAAUCUAGUAUCUGUACAAUCCAAAACAAUGCAAGCUACAAAUUCUCGAAAAUACCCUCACCAUCUUCCUUAACUAAUUCACUUUCCACCACUUCCCACGUCUUUUCAUUUCAAGGUUCAUACAGUCAGUUCACCUCAAUUUGUCAACAACAAGAUCCCCACCGCAUAUUCUUCUCCACUACAUGCAUUUUCGUCACCGGCUACCGGCACAGCCUUGCAACGCCACAUUAAUCAGUUUCCAUAACUGCCCUCCCCGCCGAAACGUAAUUUCCAUUUUCAACGAACUCUAAUAACCGAAACCCUCCGAUUUCGAUCGCUAGGGUUUCUCUUCCGUUUCAAUGACUGAUCGCGAGGAUGAAGAAUUGCAAAUGGCGAUUCAGAUGAGUAUGCAGCAAUCACUACCGGAGCCGAAUAGAAGCAAACCGUUUGACACUGGGGAAGUUGUUUCGGAAACGAUUGAGGAGUCACCGGAAGCGAAAAACCGGCGGUUUCAGCGGGAGCUUAUGGCUGCUGCUGCUGAGAAGCGGAUGAUGGCUGGAAGUGAAGGUGGAAGCAAUGUUGUGAAGAGAGAGAAGGAAGAUGUUGAAGAACUGGAUGGUGGAAGUAUGGUGAGGAAGGAGAUAUCAUUGGAAGAAGUCAAUGAGUUGUUUGUUGUGGUUUUUGGCUAUGAAGUUUCGAAGGGGAUUCUUGCACAGUGGUGCAAUCAAGGAAUAAGGUUUAGCUCUGAUCCAGAAACAUCCAUUGGUCUAGUGCAGCAUGAAAGUGGGCCAUGUGGCGUUUUGGCAACUAUACAAGCAUUUGUGCUCAAAUACAUUCUUUUCUUCCUUGAUGAGUUGAAAGACACAGUAAGCUUGCAACAGAACUGGGAUCCGAGCACAAAGUUUAAAAGUCAAAUAGUUUCAUCAAAUAAUUUUUCUUCACUCACUGAAGAUGUAAAAGUAAGUGCCCUUGUAAGAAGUAUGGGAGAGAUAUUAUAUAUGUGUGGAAGUAAUGGAAGGGCUGUAAUUGCAACUUUGAGCAUUCUAGGGAAUGAUAUUCAACAUUCUGAAGAAAUUUCAAAGGAUGAGGUUAUUACAAAAGCUCUUGAAGGUCUUUCUAUUGAAUCAGCCUUGGAUUUGCAUAAAGUUCUUAGAGUUGAAACAUACACAUCGCAAGCAAGUGUAUUAAAAAGGCUUGAAGCUUUGAUGCCCUUAUUCAAUAGUCGUAUUGGGGCAUUGCUUUUCCUGAUCUCUGCUUUACUUUCUCGGGGACUGGACUUGAUUCAAGCAGAUAGGGAUGAUCCCAGCCUACCUCUGGUAACUGCUCCUUUUGGGCAUGCAUCCCAGGAAGUAGUAAACUUACUUCUCUGUGGUCACGCUGUGUCUAAUGUGUUUGAUGGGAGGAUGGAUCUAGGUGGAGGAAUGUUUUUGAAAGGUGUAUCUCAUAAUGUGGAAGUUGGGUUUCUCACACUACUAGAAUCCUUGAAUUUCUGCAAAGUUGGUCAGUAUUUGAAAUGCCCAAAGUGGCCUAUAUGGGUUGUUGGCAGUGAAUCCCAUUACACAGUAUUGUUUGCUCUCAACACCAGCGUUCAAAAUGAAAAUGAACUGGAAGAAAGGGAAUCGCAGCUUCGAAAAGCUUUUGAUGCUCAAGAUAAUAGUGGAGGUGGUGGUUUCAUUAGUGUUGAAGGGUUCCACCAAGUUCUAAGAGAAACAAAUGUCAAACUUCCACAAGAGAAGCUUGAGCACCUUUGCAGUACAGGCUAUAUUGUAUGGAGUGAGUUCUGGCAAGUCAUUUUGGAUCUAGACAAAAGCUUGGGAGGUUUGAAAGAUUCAUCAGGACUUAUGGGGAAGAAAGUCUUUGAUCUUUAUCACUUUAACGGGAUUGCAAAAUCAGAUCGAAAUGGUAGUCAAGUAAAUUUUGGGGUUGACAGUCCACUACAAAGACCUAGACUCACAAAAUUGCAAGUUUCGGUUCCCCCAAGGUGGACUCCAGAAGAAUUUAUGGCAGAUGCGACCAUUUCUUCUGCUUCUAGUCGAACCGAAUCUUCUGAUAAGGACACUGAAGUAUCCAAACCCGAGCCUUCCCAGCAUGCACCUUUGGUAGACUGUAUAAGAACACGCUGGCCCCGUGCUACCUGCAGCUGGUUAGGGGAUCCUCCUAGUAUAGUCUGAGAGACUUAGCACUCAGUUUGGUUUAGCGGUGUAUUUUUCAAUUCUGCAGAAGAGAACCACGUUCAUGUAACCAUUUCAUAGUUUCACGUUGAUACUGUCUCGAGACACACGAAAAUACUGCCUCGAAAUACACGAAAACAGCACUCCAGCCGCAGAUACAAACACUAUUACAUGAAGUCAUUGUAUGUGGUUUUUAAUAGGGAAGAAGACAUUGUUCAGCAAUGCCAAAAGAAAAGAGGUAAAUUUUGUGUUCUACUUUGUUGUACUUUAUGGCCACAUAAUUGGGUUCAAGUAUCCAAAUUUUCUCCGGUAUGUGCAUAUAGCCGUUUUAUAAUGUGUAAUAUACCUUCCAACAUUCUCUUCGAUUUUGUCAUUUCAUUCAAAAGCUUAUACAAGGAAAAAUAUUGUCUUAAACUUGUUAAGCCGAUGUAUAUUAUUUAUUUAUUGUGCUGGGGUUUCUGAUUAGCGAAAA